CCCCAAAAAAUGGCGGACUUCGUUUCCCUCUCCAUCUCCGCUCCUAUACAACCUCCCGUUCCGCCUCGCAUUGACUCCCCCAUUCGCAUCUCUCGAUCGCUCCGUCGAAGCCUAGAUCGAUCAUCAAGGUCGAAGAAGGGGGAGCGAGGGAGCGCAAUCAUCCAUGACGGCCAAGGAGAACUGCGCCCCUCGCCUCACCCGGGCUGCUGCCAAGAGAUCCGUCUCUGCGGUCGCUGCGGAUCCUCGUGGCCCGGCCAAGAAGAACCGCGUUGCUCUGGGCGAGAUUACUUCGGCCGCCAACCCUGUCAUCCACUUCGCAGCCGAUCUCUCCAUCCCUCCCCCUUCCAAACCCAAAUCGAAGCCAGGGAGGAAGGAACACUCCUUGGAGUCUGCUCCUGUGGAGAUCGCCGCCUCGGUGGACUCGGGGUCUGAGGUCCAUGACCCUCAGCUCUGUGUGCAUUACGCUUCUGAUAUAUACCAGUAUCUCAGAUCUAUGGAGCUUGAGACGAAGAGGAUGCCAGUGGUGAACUAUAUGGAGACGGUUCAGAAGGAUUCCACAGCUAACAUGAGGGCGAUUUUGGUGGAUUGGCUUGUUGAAGUGGCAGAGGAAUACAAGCUGGUAUCUGAUACCAUUUACCUCACCGUUGCGUACAUUGAUCGAUUCCUUUCUUUCAAUCCAAUAAACCGGCAUAGAUUGCAGCUCCUUGGUGUCUCUUCCAUGCUCAUCGCCUCGAAAUAUGAAGAGAUCACUCCUCCCAGUGUGGAAGACUUUUGUUACAUCACCGAUAAUACUUAUACCAAGCAAGAGGUAGUCAAAAUGGAGACUGACGUUCUAAAUUUUCUCAAGUUUGAAUUGGGCAGUCCUACCACCAAAACCUUCUUAAGGCGCUUUACUAUGGCUGGUGAAGAAGAUUAUAAACAGUAUCCAGCUCUUCAAUUAGAGUUCUUGUGUUGUUAUCUUGCUGAAUUAAGCUUACUGGAUUAUGGCUGCCAUCGCUUUUUGCCUUCUAUGGUUGCCGCUUCCGCUGUCUUUGUUUCUAGAUACACUCUUAAUCCAAAAAACCAACCUUGGAACAGGAAAUUAAGUGAGUGCACUGGGUAUAAAUCAAUUGAUCUGAAGGAUUGCAUUCAAGCUCUACUUGAUUUACAGUUGAAAAAGAAAGCACCCAACUUGGUGGCUAUCAGAGAUAAAUACAAACAACACAGGUUCAAGUGUGUAUCCACGUUGGUUCCUCCUCCUGAGAUACCUGCAAACUACUUUGAUGAGCCCAAGGAAUAAUUUGCAUAAGGGUCAAGCAGCUCUGGCACACUUUGGCCACCUUUCUUGCCAUUGAGAUUUGGAGGAGAAUAUCAUUGAGAUUACACUUGGAGAUGAAAGGAGCUCUACAGAUAUUGCCGAUGUAUGAAUGCCACCUUUCUCGAUUGCAAUUAACAAUUAAUGUUAAGAAAGGUUCAAUUAGGUAUAGCUUUGUUUCCAAACUAGAGGAGAAUCAGGAGAUGCUUUUGUUUGUAUGGAUAACAGAGGUAAUACUUGAUCUCAA